CAGUUCUAAUGGAGUAUGAAUUCUGCCCGGUAGUGUUACCGUAUUAAACGUUAACCUUUUGAUAUGCGGUCAGAACGACGCGGCUGUCGCUCAUGUUGCAGUGCGGAAGGUUUACGGUUGUUAGCAUCCUUUACUUCUUUACGAGGAAAAACUUUAUUGUUCACCUCAGUUCACAUGACGCGUUAGUCUCAUUUGUCAGCUGUUUAUUUGACUGGAAGCUGAAGUGUCCCCGCCUUUGUCUCAGUGUUAGAGACAGGUUAAAUUUAUCCUUAGAUCGGGUUCCCUGUCGUCGUCGUUGUUAUUUUUAUGAGCAAGCUGCGCUAGCUAAUCAGUCAGUGCUAGCAGGCUAACGCGGAUGCCUCGGGUGGAGAUGGAAGAGGAUUCGCUGAAUCCACAGGAUGUUGAACGGGCCAAAACCUUCUGGGCCAAGGAAGACGUGGAUCGGGUUUUUGAUGAAGUGUUUGAGUAUCUGGAUCACCUGAAGAGAGUCCUGAAGAAGCACACAGCAACAGAUAAAGAAUACGUUCAGGGCCUGAAACUGCUGGAGUGUCUGGACUCCUCUCCUCCAGCCUCCACUCGGGACUCUGUGGUUCAGGUGGUCAUCGGCCCAGGUGGGCUCCUGUUGGCUGAGGUUUCCCACCAAAGCCCCUCUUCCUCCCCAUCUUCCUCCCCCUCUUCCUCCUCCUCUACUUCUUCCCCCAAGCCUCCCUUUAACGGGACAUCCAGGUCUGCAGCUCCCCCUGCAGGCAGAGAGGAGCUGCUGCCUCCUCUGACCCCAUUCCAGCUGCAGUACCAGCCACACUCCUGUUGCAAGGCCUGCCUGUCCAGUUUACCCAGCAUGCCUCAGUUCAUGCCUCCAUUCUGGGGUCAGAACCCUCUGAAGAUCCCACUGCUCUGUGGCUUUAAGAGGCUGACCGCCUCGCUGCUGAUGUCAUCGAGAGGGGGCAGGGCCUCUGAUGAUGAGCGGGCGGAGCCUGCAGUCUCUGAGGGCGUGGAGGACUGGGACGUUGUUUACAAAGCACCGUGUGGACUGAGCCUGCGUAACCAUGAUGAGGUGAUGCGUUUCCUGUUGGCCACAGGCAGCUAUGACAUCCUGCAGGUGGACUUCUUCACCUUUAACCCGUCUGUUCGGUUGGACCCGCCCCUGUCAGCGGGCCGCCGGCGGCCCCAGCUGGACCUGAGCCGGGGCACGGAGCCCACCCCGGUGGACCUGUGCAUCGUGGAGGGCGGCGCUCAGCCGGCCGAUUUCCGCUACAGGAAGGAUCGCUGGCCGCACGGCUGCUUCCUGAGCCGCGACCCAACGCUGUUCAGCGCCUGCUGCGACUGCACUGACGGUUGCACCGACGCACGGCGCUGCGCCUGCGUUGCCAUGACCAGAGGCGAGCGCCAUUACCGCCAUCACAGGCUGGACGAGCCCGUGCCGUCAGGUGUGUAUGAGUGCGGGCCGUGGUGUGGCUGUGACCGGGCUCGCUGUCAGAACCGCCUGGUCCAGAGAGGGAUCAGAGUCCGCCUCCAGGUCUUCCAGACUGACGACCGUGGUUGGGGUGUGCGUUGUCGUGACGACCUGGACCGCGGCACGUUCGUGUGCAUGUACGCAGGUGUGAUCCUGCAGAGGGUCCAGAGUCCCACCGAGUCCCCCUCGCCGAAGCUGACGAGGGCGGAGCUCCCCUCAGACGAUGAGGUGGAGGUCGUCACCGAGUGGCUGGCCCCGCCGUUGUGGGAGGGGCGGAGCGACAUGCCGGAACCCACCUCGCCGCCCCUGCACGUUCCUGUGAUCCAGAGACCCGCUGACGCCAACGCCACGACCACAUCAGCUCAGGACAGAGACAAGACAGUGUUGGUGGGAGGUCCAGAGUCCAGAUCUCCUUCAGCAGGUGGGUCAGGCGGCCUGUCUCCUGCCCGCGUGAAGGUGGCAGCGGUCCGCUGCGUGAACGGUGCCAAAACAGAGACUAAGAGCCAGAGGGGUGUGAAGAGGACAAUGAAGGUGGAGGACGUUCACAUCCUGGACGCCAGCAAGGAGGGAAACGUGAGCCGCUUCAUUAAUCACAGCUGCCAGCCCAACCUGUUCGUCCAGAACGUCUUCACCGACUCCCACGACGCCGGCUUCCCCGUCGUCGCCUUCUUCACCAACAGGGUUGUGAAGGCCGGCACUGAGCUGACCUGGAACUACUCUGCUGACACACGCAGGAAACAGGAAGUGCCCUGUCUCUGCGGCAGCAGCGGUUGCCAAGGACAGUUUACCACUGAGGACAGGCUGUGUGACACGUGCGAGGUCGAGGGGGAAACACAGUAAUCCCACACUGCCA